UCCAACAGUAGCAUACUUGGCCGUGGCUGCAUGUUACUGUAGCUUAAAGAAGAUUGCAGUCUCUGAAUGUUACCAAAACAGAGGCUACAACAGGCACUAUACAGUGUUCCAGUUGAGGUGUGCUGCUUGGGAGCAUUUUCUGAACUCUUUUUGGUCAGCUAGAACUUCAACCUUGGGAGAGGGAGAGCAUGGAUUCCACUCGCUAUUCCAGCUUGACACCAGGCAGAGCACCCCGGGGCCAUGAUGAAGAGGCGGUUGUGGAUCAAGGAAAGAUCAGCUCUACCAUCAACACAAACUUUGAGAAGGAGGAAUUAGAAAGUCACCGAGCUGUGUAUAUUGGCGUUCACGUUCCCCUUGGUAGGCAGAGUCGAAGACGUCACAGACAUCGUGGACACAGACACCACCGCAAAAGGAGAGAGAGAGAUACAGAUGAAGAAGGUCGAGAAUCUCCAACAUUUGAUACACCAUCUCAACGUGUGCAGUUUAUCCUUGGGUCUGAAGAUGCUGAUGAAGAGCAUAUUCCUCAUGAUCUCUUCACUGAAAUGGAUGAACUUUUUCUGCGAGAGGGAGAGGACUGUGAAUGGAAGGAAACAGCCAGGUGGCUAAAGUUUGAAGAAGAUGUUGAAGAUGGAGGAGAAAGAUGGAGCAAACCCUAUGUAGCAACACUGUCUUUGCACAGUCUUUUUGAACUUCGAAGCUGUAUAUUAAAUGGAACAGUUAUGCUGGAUAUGAGAGCCAACACAAUAGAAGAAAUUGGAGACAUGGUCUUGGACAAUAUGAUAGCAUCUGGACAGCUAGAUGAAUCUUUGCGAGAGUGUGUAAAGGAAGCAGUUCUGAAGAAACACCAUCAUCAGAAUGAGAAGAAGCUUAGUAACCGUAUACCUUUGGUUCGCUCUUUUGCAGACAUAGGCAAGAAAUACUCUGACCCUCACUUGCUUGAACGAAACGGGGAAGGCAUUUCAGCCUCCCGUCUUUCUUUACGAACCAACCUCUCUGCCUCAAACCUCUCCUUGAGACGAGAAAGUCGUAUCUCUUUAUUCCUUGGUUCCCUUCUUCCUGGUUCCAGAUCUGUGACCCCGGCAAGCUCUGCAGUACCCACCCCACAGAACUCACCUCCCUCAAGUCCUCGUUUUGAGAGCCUCAGUCCCCCUUCUACCAUGUUGUCUCAGCCUGGCCCACUUCUUGCCCCAGAACUGCUGGUAUCCGGGGGCAGAGAUGAUAUUCCUGAUGUGAUAGUUUAUCCUCCUGAAGAAGACAUACAGGAUAAGGAAGGUCAAGUGCAGAAAGAAGAGGACAUUGUUGAUCCAGUACCAGGGCUAUUAUCGUCUCCUCAAUCAGCACCUGGAAAUUUGGAUAUCUCCAAAGCAGGAGAGAGCAAAAGUAGUGGUGGGCCUAGUGGCAGUCGGGAAAAUAGCACUGUCGACUUCAGUAAGGUUGAUAUGAGUUUCAUGAAGAAAAUACCAUCAGGAGCAGAAGCAUCAAAUGUUCUGGUGGGAGAAGUGGACUUUUUAGAAACACCAAUCAUUGCAUUUAUUAGACUGUCUCCGGCUGUCCUCCUGACAGGUCUCACAGAGGUUCCAGUUCCAACACGGUUUCUGUUUUUGUUACUGGGUCCAUCGGGCAAAGCACACCAGUACCAUGAAAUUGGCAGAUCAAUUGCUACUCUCAUGACUGAUGAGGUUUUCCAUGAUGUUGCGUAUAAAGCAAAAGACAGAACAGACCUGCUGUCCGGUAUUGAUGAGUUCUUAGACCAAGUAACAGUUUUGCCACCUGGUGAAUGGGAUCCAUCAAUACGCAUUGAGCCACCUAAAAGUGUCCCUUCUCAGGAAAAGCGAAAGACACCUACUGUUCCAAAUGGUUCUGCUCCUGAGGCAGAGACAGAGAAUGAAGAAGAGCAUAAUGCUGGACCCGAACUUCAGAGGACUGGAAGGAUUUUUGGUGGCUUGGUUCUUGAUGUCAAAAGGAAAGCACCUUAUUACUUGAGUGACUUCAGGGACGCAUUAAGCCUGCAGUGCCUGGCUUCCAUUCUUUUCCUGUACUGUGCCUGUAUGUCACCAGUUAUCACAUUUGGAGGACUCCUGGGAGAAGCAACAGAAGGCCAAAUAAGUGCAAUAGAAUCCCUCUUUGGCGCUUCUAUGACGGGUGUUGUCUAUUCUCUGUUUGGUGGACAGCCUCUCACAAUACUUGGCAGCACAGGGCCAGUUCUAGUGUUUGAAAAAAUCUUAUUUAAGUUUUGCAGAGAUUACCGGCUAUCUUAUCUCUCUCUACGAACAAGCAUUGGACUGUGGACUGCAUUCUUUUGCUUACUACUAGUGGCCACAGAUGCAAGCAGCCUGGUGUGUUACAUAACUCGUUUCACAGAGGAGGCUUUUGCUGCUCUCAUUUGCCUUAUAUUUAUUUAUGAAGCAUUAGAAAAACUCUUUCAACUAGGAGAAUUAUACCCUUUCAAUAGAAAUAAUAAUUUAAAUGGACUCACUCACUACUGGUGUGAGUGUUCCAAGCCUGAGAACCCAAGCAAUAAAACUCUUUUUUUGUGGGGAACAAAGAAUGUUACAGAAGACAUAGACUGGGGCAAUUUCACUGUUGAACAAUGUAAAGAAUACCACGGGGAGUUUGUUGGACCUGCUUGUGCAGAACAUGGCCCUUAUAUUCCUGAUGUUUAUUUUUGGUCUGUGAUUUUAUUCUUUACGACAUUCUUCCUUUCAGGCUUUCUCAAGCAGUUUAAAACAAGGCGGUAUUUUCCUACAAAGGUGCGAUCAACAAUCAGUGACUUUGGUGUGUUUCUGACCAUUGUGAUUAUGGUUGUUAUCGACUACUUUUUAGGAAUUCCUUCUCCUAAACUUCAUGUUCCAGAAAAGUUUGAGCCUACCACAAAAGACAGAGGUUGGCUCAUAGACCCUCUGGGACCAAACCCAUGGUGGACCUUGCUAGCAGCAGCAAUACCAGCCCUUCUUUGUACAAUCCUUAUUUUCAUGGAUCAGCAAAUCACAGCCGUGAUCAUUAAUAGAAAGGAGCACAAACUGAAGAAAGGCUGUGGUUAUCAUCUUGAUCUGUUAAUGGUUGCAAUCAUGCUUGGAGUCUGUUCAGUUAUGGGGCUACCCUGGUUUGUAGCUGCCACAGUUCUGUCUAUCAGCCAUGUCAACAGUCUGAAAGUGGAGUCUGAAUGUGCUGCCCCGGGAGAGCAACCUAAGUUCCUUGGAAUACGAGAACAACGGGUUACAGGGUUAAUGAUAUUUGCCUUGAUGGGCAUGUCUGUCUUAAUGACCUCUGUUUUGAAGUUUAUUCCUAUGCCAGUACUCUAUGGAGUUUUUCUUUACAUGGGUGCUUCCUCACUGAAAGGCAUUCAGUUUUUUGACCGUAUAAAAUUGUUUGGUAUGCCUGCUAAGCAUCAGCCUGACCUAAUCUAUUUACGCUAUGUGCCACUUUGGAAGGUACAUGUCUUUACUGUUAUACAGCUUACCUGUCUGGUACUUCUGUGGGCAAUUAAAGUCUCAUCUGCAGCAGUUGUGUUUCCUAUGAUGGUUCUUGCUUUGGUGUUUGUUCGUAAACUAAUGGACUUCUGUUUCACAAAACGGGAACUCAGCUGGCUAGAUGACGUGAUGCCUGAAAGCAAGAAGAAGAAAGAAGAUGACAAAAAGAAAAAGCAGAAAGAGGAAGCAGAACGAAUGUGUGCAGAAACAGAUGCUGAAGAUGAGCCUACUCCAUAUGGAAGAACCGUCAUCAAAAUUCCAGUGAAGAACCAAAGCCCUGACCCUUCUGUUGUAAACAUAUCUGAUGAUUUGGCCAAAACAUCUAUGUGGAAGUCUCUCUCCAAGAAGACUGAAAAUGCCAAAAUUUUAAAAUCAAGCUUGAGCCCUGAAAAUCCAGCAAACAUUAUAAUCAAUGUGGAAGAAGUUCCCAAUGAGAAGUGUACAGAUGGAGAAACUUCAUUAUAGUUCUGCAUAAAUGGAGGACUUAUUUUCUAUUUGUGUUCUGGAAGCCACUACUUUGUGACUACACCUCAGACAUUUUUAUCUGGUAUAUUUUGUGUGUGCGUGUGUAUAAUGUCAGUCAGUGUACCUAAUCAAAAACAACAUUUUAGCCAUAUUAGUAGAGAUGAAACUGAAUAGUAUUUCAGUGCAUUAAUAUUUGAAUACAUCUAUACGUGUGUGCAUAUAUGAAUGUACACAAAUUGUUUAAAUUUAGUGCAUAUAAAUGCCCUCAUGUAUAUAUGUCUGUAUGCAUACAGAGGUUUUUAAUAUACUUGCGCACGUGUGAGUGUCUGUGUGUGUGUGUGUCUUCAUUUUAUAUACAUGUGGUAUGUGCACUUGCAGAUUUACCCUGACCUUUAUUAAAAUUUUAAAUUUUUUCGUAAGUAGUGCACUUUGACCCAAAGACUGUCCUUAGAACAGUGGCCGAGUUAAUAUAUGCCGUACAUUUUUCUGUACAGUAGCAAAAAAAUGUUCAUGCUUCUUAUGCUGUGUGAAUAACCUUCAGAAGAUACGUUCGCCCUUUACAGAUUCAGAGGGCAAAUGCUAGUGAGAAAAAUUAUUAGGCUCUUUUCUUCCAUUGUUUUGUUUCUGUGAGUUAUCUUCUAGACUAAUUCACCCUGGAGGUAAUAUUAUGCACACACAUAUAUGUGUGUAUACUCAUACACACACAAGAACUGAAUUCAAAAAUGCGUGACUUUAGAUACUUCUGCAUUUAAGUCAUGCAUAUAAGCAUGUCUCUAAUGUAUAUUUAUGUGGCAAGUGCAUAUAUGAUCCAUAUGUAAUCUUUGUAAUGACCACCUUUUAUCAUCAUGUACUCACCAAACAGUUUUCCUGAUGAGGUCUUUACUUGAUCUUUGGAUGUCUCAUUCUUUUUUGACAGCUCAGUCACCAGUCUGAUUUUUAUCCUGCUCAGCAUACUAAGAACAAAAUUCAGUCCUGAACUUGGCAAAAAUGUUUUUAUCAUUUUUAUUAUUUU